GGCAGUCUCACAGCUCCUCCUGAUCACGGCUGGAUAGAAUCAAUGGAGAUGUUCAGGAGAGCUCUUAUGACAUUACACGAAACUUUGCCGAAAGAGAAUAGACCGGGUAGGGUAAAAGUAGCACUGAUCGAUGAUGGCGUCGACCGUGCUGACCUGACGACGUACCAAAACCGUGUUGAGGUAACGGGAAUGAGUUACUGGAGUCCAUCCAUGGGUACGACCUUUCAGAACCCCUCCUGGCAUCAAUCCACACACGGUCAUGGCACGAUUAUGGCCAACUCCAUCAUCCGCAUCAAUCCCUGGGUUUCGCUAUACGCAAUGCGGAUCCAAGACGAUGUAGACAUUGGUCCGAGAAACGAGGUGAGCAUCAGGAUCCACGCAGGCAGCGCUGCAGGGGCUAUUGAAGAUGCCAUCAUCCUGAAAGUCGACAUCAUCUCUAUCUCCUGGACAAUUCGCAACCUCGUCGCACAAGACGCAAGGGCUGUCAACGGACAAGAAGAGAAAGCCAUCAAGUCUCUGAAGAAAGCUAUAGAAAACGCCAAGGAGCAUGGCAUCCUCAUCUUCUGUUCAGCUUCUGACGAUGUCAAGAAAAAGGGCGCCGGCACCCUGCCAUAUAGCCAGGCGCGGGAGUAUAUCUUCCGCAUCGGCGCGGCAGACGCCUACGGCUGGAGCCACAAGGCAACUGAAGACCAGCAAACAAUCGACUACUUCCUGCCAGGUUAUCAGGUCGCUGACGAUUUCCAUCCGCGUAUCGUUCGUACCGAGGAACUCAAAUACCGCGACGGCUCGUCCGUGGCAACGGCACUGGCGGCUGGGCUGGCCUCGCUUGUACUCUAUCUGACGAAUCUGAUGAAGAUGUACUACUGCACAGACACCAAGAACAUGUCCAAGUUCUCCAAGUACGGAGAUUUGUUGCGGACACGAGAUGGUUUGAAGAAAGCCUUCGAAAACAUGAUCACGGAUGACAAUUACAAGGACAAGAAAUUUCUCCCUGUAUGGGACUUGUUUGGGUCGAGGGCAAAGGAAAUUUUGAACAACAUUAAGGAUCCAGGGGCAAAGUGGGACUUGCUGGAUGAAUUGUGUAGAAAACUUGCUACAUAA